AUGGAAAACAGAGAAAUAGUUAAUGCUUUUUGUAAAAAACUAAGUGAGCAUCUACACCUAGCCACGCGAUUCAAUGAACAUGGAAGAUACAACCAACACUAUGCCUUGGGAAACCUUCUUCAUCCGUACUUUAGAGGAUAUAUGCUUAGACAUUACGGUAUCUUCGAAGAGUUCACCAGAAAAGUCAUUAACGAUCAUCCAUCGUCGGACGCUGUUUCGAUCAGUGAAAAAAAUAAUCAUAAAGCUACACAAGUUAAAAUGCCAGUUGGUGUGGAUGAGUGCGACAAUUUACAAAAUAUAGAGAUUGAACAGGGUAAUAAUAACCACACCAUUAGUCAAAAUGUACCGGAAAUUGAAAGGGAGUUUGAAUCUUUCCACGCUAUGCCUCGUGAUGAAGAAAAGCAUAAAGUUGAUGUGCUGAAAUGGUGGAAGAAACAUGUCUCUACUUUGCCAUUGUUAGCACAAUUGGCAAGAAAUUUGCUCUGCAUUUCAGCUGCAUCAAGCUGUAGUGAGAGAGUGUUCAGCGCCAGCGGUGGAAUUAUAAAUGAUAAAAGACACAGUCUUUCCACUCAGACAGCAAAGCAAUUGACUUUGAUUAAAGUCAAUUAUGAUCUUGUCUGUCCUCACAUGACCUUGAAAAUUAUAAGCGACGCUGAAGAAGCCCUGGACCCCCCAGCAUUAACUCCAGUUAGAACACCUCCCAAAAAUCCUAUUCCUAAAGCAGUUUUUUCAAAUAACCAAAAAAGGUUAUUGUUCAAAACAAAAAACGUUUCAACAACGCCAUUAUGUUCUUCUUCUUUACCAUCAACACCAACAUCUUCAGGAAUCAAAAGAAAAACAAUGGAAAUUCCAGAAGAAUCCGAAACAACAUCAUCCGAAAAAACAUCCGAAAGUGACACUCAACAAGUAUUAAAAUAA